AUGUCACAGACAUCGACUCGGCUUGAGACGCCUUUCACCACCGCUGCCCUAGGCAGCGAUGCCUCAUUCUGGGAAUCCUACAUUGCGUCACGUCCCAGCCCGUCAGAAGAUUUCUUCCGCCUCAUCAAUGAAUACCAUGCGAGCCACGGUGAUAGUCGCAUGGAAGUGGCACACGAUGUGGGCACGGGACCAGGAAAUAUCGCGGCAAGACUGGCGCGGUACUAUGAUCAAGUGGUGGGCUCGGAUGUGAACGAGCAGGCCCUGGACGCAGCACCGAAGCUGAUCUCGCCGGACCUCCUGAAGAGAAUGACCUUCGUCCGGAGUCCCGCUGAGGGUCUCGUCACUGCUGGUAUCCCCACGAACUUGCAGAAUACGGACCUCCUCGUCGUUAGCGAAUGCAUGCCCCUCCUCGAUGCCCCCAGAGCCCUGGAGGCCUUCCACACCCUGAUUCGCCCCGGUGGAACCGUCGCCAUCUACUUCUACGGACGCCCUAUCUUCCAAGACCCGGUGUGCGACGCAAUCUACGAUCGCAUGGCGACACGCAUCUGCCAAUUCCUGCUUCCCUUCCAAGGAACCCCGGGUGAACCUUUCCACCGACGCGGAGCUGAAGGUCUCGUUAGCUUCCUAGACAACAUUGCCCUACCGGCGAGCGACUGGGAGAAUGUGGAGCGCCACAAGUGGAACUGCGACUACCCGCUGCUGUUCAACAGUCCCGAUGGGUUCGACUUUGAAUUUCACCCCGUCGAUCGCCGCGGAGAGGGCGAUAUCACCCAUGACAUCGUGGACCGGGACUUCUGGGCACACGAGUGGGAUGCUGACAAUGUCAAGGCCUACCUUGACUCGGUGUACCCCCACUACCGGGGCCAAGCCGGGGAAAGCUAUGCGGAGGUUGAGGCGAUGUGCGAGGAGCUUCGGGCAGCGAUGGGCGGAAAGCAGAAGGUCACCUUUUCCGUGGUGCUCGUUCUGGGGACCAGGAAAUAA